CUGGCUCUCCUGGUCCUCGCCUCCAUCUCCUCCCAUUUUAUAAUUUCCUCACUUCACGCGCCCCUACUUGAUUGUAGCUCUAUUCAUUUCGCUUUCUGUCCAAUUUCGUUGUUCAGCCCACUUAUUUUUAUUUGAUCUUUUGUUCACUCUGACUGCUUUUGCUCAGUUCACCCAUCCCUCACAGGGCAGUUGAUCGCUGUGUGUCCUCCUCUGCACCCUCUUCACCUUUAAUCUCUCCCCAUUUUCUUUUCAUCUAUUAUUCGCUCCUAUAAUCUUUAACCAAAGUGCCCCGUUCCCCUGCUCUUCAGUAUGUGGUCCAACUUCUUUGUACAGCAGGAUGAGGAGGGCCGCAUCGGGGUGGCAGGGGCCGGACAAGCUGGGGGUUUGGGUGGAAUGAAAGGUGGAAGGGGACAGAGGAGGACCCACAAGAUGAGUGACAGCCAGGAGGGGAAGAUCAAACUGGCCUUCUUCGUGUGUAUCAUUGGUGUGACCCUGACGGUACUGGGCAUGGGGACAGAGUUUUGGGUGGAGCUGGCCCAACCAAAGAAUUUCAGCGGCAACCAGACCUGCCAGAUGGCCCAUUAUGGCCUGUGGAAGGGCUGCAUCCGCACCCUAUGGGUGGCUGACAUAGACCCAGAGAGGACAAGCUGUGGCCCCGCUGAACUACCUGGAGAAUCCAACUGCACCUACUUCAAAUUCUUCACCUCUGGGGAGAACGCAGUCAUAUUCAAGAAGACAACUAACAAGAAUCUGAAUCUAGCAGCAGCUAUCCUGGCCCUUUUGAGUCUGACCAUGAUGGUGAUGGGCUCCAUCUGUAUCGCCAUGUCCCUCAGCAAAGGAGUGCCCUUCUUUCUCAAGCCCGCCUCCUUCUGUUUCAUCCUAUCAGGUGUUCUGGUCCUGCUCUCUGUCCUGAUAUUCCACCAGUCUGUGCAGGCCUUGCUGUCCAGUGACCACUCUGUACCUUUACACCAUGAGCUGUCCUGGUCCGUGGCGUGCGUGGGCUCAGCGGGAGCCAUUCUUAUUCUCGGAGGUUCCCUCUUCAUCAUCCUCUCCCUUCCUUUCAACCCCUGGCAGAAAUGCUUGCCGCACAAGAAUAGCGCCACCUAGCGCCCGAAUGCUAAAAUAUGUUAACGUUAUUCUUGAUGUCUUGUUGCAGAGCAAGUGGAAAAGUCCUUAUCCUGAGGGCUGUGACUUUGCUUGUUCUUGGCAUUUCAUUUGUCAGAAAAGUCAUAGGUCUUAAUCAAAUGUCUGAAGAGAAGCCAGGAACACAUCAGUAAGGCCUCCAGAAUUUAGUUUUAGUAGAAAAUAGCUGGAAGGAGCAACAGGGCUACUGCUGACUGUUUCAUUUUUAGCUCUGUGUUGUGUUUACUUACACAAGUGUCACAAAUAGGCUCAUUAGCCUGCCUGUAGCUGUAGAGCCACACAUAAAUCUUUCUGCUAGCAUAAGGAGAAUAAAAAAUAAAACUUUUUAAUCCUCAGACACUCUGCU